UAAAAUAAAAAAAAGGCACAAAAAUUUAAUCAAUUUUUUUUUUAAUUUUACUUAAAAUCAAUCAAUUUUUCUUUUGAAAGACGAUGCCCUAAACACUUCAUAAACUCCUAAUACUUGUUUAUAUAAAAAAUAAAUAAAAUGCUAAACGGAAGUAACAAAGGCCGGAAAAGUGGAUUUGGUAUAAGCGAUAUAGUAGGCAAAUUCAAUAAAGACAUUCAAGUUCACGCAAGGAGUCAAUUGUUGAAUCCAUUUUCCUCUUCUUACGACCCCGACUUUGCCACAGCAUGCCUGCCCGACAAAAACGAUUCCCAGAAUUAUGGGCAUCCAAUUCAGGGAUCUAAAACUGAAAUGAGAGCUCACGAGGCCCAAAAACAUAUCCAGAGAGAAGUGGAACUUUUGACGGCCAUGAUAAAUCGCAAAGGCACGACGGAUGAAAGGAACGGUUUAAAAUGCGUAAAAUUCGGCGAUUUAUUUAAACUUUACGCCCAUAUAAGCGAUAAAUUAGUGGGAAUUUUGCUAAGAGCCAGGAAACAGGGUUUAGUGGCCUUCCAGGGGGAGAUGCUCUACCAAAGGAGGGAUGAGGAACAACCCAUAUAUUUGCUCUACUAUGACCCUGUGUUUGAUGACACUCAGUCGAUAAGUAACAAUAUUUCGCGAGAUGGUAGCCAGCCCCAUAUGGCAGGAGGUAAAAAGGAAUCAAUCGUAUUUAAGAAGGAAGAGUUAGUAUAUUCCUUUAAAGGAAAUAAUGAUAUAGCUAAGGAACCAACAAAUAGCGAUAAUAAUAAUAAAAAAGGAAAGGCUAAGGAAACGGAUACAAGGCAAGAGAUUAAAGAGCCUUAUUUUACAGAACCAAAGUUGCAAAUUAAUAACAAUGGCGAAGAAGAAGCGAAGUUGAGAAAGCUAGGCAUUCGAAACUCAAUCGUCGAGACUCGGAAAAAGUCGUUACGCGAUAAUUUUGAUAAACACAAGGACAUCGCUCAUCUCCCCGUAUAUAAAUCUCCAUCCGACGCUAAUUCUACGUCAUUAAAUAAUAAUCAAUCAAUUCAGGAUAAUACUGUGAGCUCUUCCUUUAUUGGCGAAAAAGACAUAGCGAAGAAGCUAGCAAAAAAGAAAGGAACUGAAGCAAAAGUUAAGAAAGAAAUAGUAGUUAGAGAUAAUCAACCCAAUAAAAUUAAUGACAACAAAUUGCAGGACACAAAAGGAGGGGACGGAGAAAGCGAGGAGGAUGCCAUGUUUAGAAAAUUCGGGAUCAGAAAUUCUAUAGUCGAAACGCGUAAAAAGUCUAUUCACGAUAAUAUAGAUCAAUUCAAUAACUUCGAUGGUAAGGACACCGAUAAACCCCGUUGUGUUACGUAUAUUAAACCUUCAUCCUCGAGGAGAAGUAAAUUGGAGAGUAGGAUGAUCGAAAGAUCACCCAGUCCCGAUAAAAAGUUAUCAAUUCAAUCCACUAAAUCAAUUCAUCAGUCUAAUAUUGAAAAUUCCGUUACACCAAAUAAUACUAAGAAACCCUGGUAUAUGCCAGAACAUAAAACUUCUAUCAUAUCUGAGCGCGAUAUAUCUGCGAACUUAGUUAAAUCCGAUAUCACAAACCCAAAAAAUAAGCCAGGCGCCGAUGUGCAUGACAAAUUAACAGUUAACACUAAGUCGGACGCUUCGAUUCUCGCUUCAGAAACAAACCAACGCCGAAAAUCAUCGACUGCCACUUUGGUAGAUCAGUUUAAUAACGUCAAAAAUCAUAUACCCAAAACUGCCCCAAACAUAAAUCGCGAUAAGAAUUCAUCGUUGAGGGGUUCUGCGCCUUAUUCAAAUAAAAGUUCUUCAUCCUCUUCUAGCAGUAGUAGUGGUUCAAGUUCUCGAUCAUCCUCUAGUUCAACCAUAAGGUCGGGCACAUCUUGAUACGUGGAAAUAUGCCAAAAAUACCAAAUGAAUUUAUUUAUUGCUGAAUAUUUAUAUUGUUAUUAAACUGGUAAUCAAUCUUUGUUAUACCAAUUCAUUUUUCUACUACCCCCCCCCCCCCACUCUUAAUCUUUUCGAAACGAAAUAUCUAGUCAUUUUUUUUAUAAUUGUCAAAAGCAAAGCAAAAAGGUGCUAUUAAAUUUUUAGUCAUAAUUCUUAUUUAAUAUUUAUGUUAAAGUAAUUUAUUUUAUAUUG